AUGCCUCCACGAACAGCAGUCAGAGGUCGUCCAACUAGGAGAAAUGUUGAAGAGCAAGAGUUACCUGCACUUGAAGUGCAACCGCAAGGAGAAGUUACUAAUGAUGAGUUCAGAGAAGCAAUUAGAAUGCUGAGUCAAGUUGUGACUAACCGGGUUCGUCAGCAAAGAGAAGCUCGACAAGAAGGGGCUGACACUUCGAGGAUUCAUCUAGAGAACUUUAUUGAAGAACUGAAAAAGGUAUUUGAUGUGAUGCACAUUGCUGAUACUGAAAGAGUUGAGCUAGUUCAAGUUGAGGAAGAGAAGCAGAGAGACAGGGAAGGGUUCAGAAAUAAGAAAGCGAAGACAGAGAAUGAGUCUGGGCAGCAGAAGGGUAGUGUGAAUCAUUCGUCCUUAUAG